UGCUCCCGGAAGUUCCGGUGCCGUCGCUGUGUGGGAUAAACAGUAAUGGCGGAGGCUGCGGCUCCGGGAACAACAGCGGCAACACCGGGAGCAGCGGCCACGGCCUCCAGCCCCACAGCCGCGCCUCCCGCGCCGCCGGCUGCAGCGGGGUCAGGAGGAGGCGGCGGCUGGACCAAGCAGGUCACCUGCAGGUAUUUCAUGCAUGGGGUUUGCAAGGAAGGGAACAACUGCCGUUACUCCCAUGAUCUCUCCACAAGUCAGUCUGCUAUGGUGUGCAGGUAUUAUCAGCGAGGAUGCUGUGCUUACGGAGAUCGUUGCCGAUAUGAACAUACCAAGCCAUUGAAGCGGGAAGAAGUGACUACUGUGAAUCCAGCUGCAAAAUCUUAUCCAUCAGCAUCUUCAGACCUCCCGUCUCUCCCUGAAGCACUUGAAGCAAGCACUGGUGAGACUGACCUUGAAGAUACAGAUCUGGCAGCUACAGGAGCAGGUGCUGAAGACUGGGUGAAUGCUGUAGAAUUUGUCCCUGGGCAGCCAUAUUGUGGACGUGCUGCCCCUUCCUGCAUCGAAACACCCUUGCAGGGAAUGGUAAUUGAGGAAGAGUAUGAAAAGCAGCAAGCAAAUGUGGAGAUGAAGAAGCAACUGUGCCCCUACGCUGCAGUAGGAGAAUGUCGUUACGGAGAGAACUGCGUGUAUAUCCAUGGGGAUGUGUGUGACAUGUGUGGGUUGCAGGUCCUACAUCCAGUUGAUGCUGCCCAGAGAUCCCAACACAUAAAGUCUUGCAUUGAGGCUCAUGAGAAGGACAUGGAGCUCUCAUUUGCCGUCCAGCGUAGUAAAGACAUGGUGUGUGGGAUCUGCAUGGAGGUGGUAUAUGAAAAAGCCAACCCCAGCGAGCGCCGCUUUGGGAUCCUCUCCAACUGCAACCAUACUUACUGUCUCAAAUGCAUCCGGAAGUGGAGGAGCGCUAAACAAUUUGAGAGCAAGAUUAUAAAGUCCUGCCCAGAAUGUCGGAUCACAUCUAACUUUGUCAUUCCAAGUGAGUACUGGGUGGAGGAGAAGGAAGAGAAGCAGAAACUCAUUCAGAAAUACAAGGAGGCAAUGAGCAACAAGCCAUGCAGGUAUUUUGAUGAAGGCCGUGGGAGCUGUCCAUUUGGAGGGAACUGUUUUUACAAACAUGCAUAUCCCGAUGGUCGCCGAGAGGAGCCACAGAGACAGAAAGUGGGAACAUCGAGUAGAUAUAGGGCCCAGCGAAGGAAUCGGUUCUGGGAAUUCAUUGAGGAGAGGGAGAGCAGCGAUCCCUUCGAGAACGAUGAGGAUGAGGUUGUGACCUUUGAGCUCGGCGAGAUGUUGCUCAUGCUUUUGGCAGCAGGAGGUGAUGAUGAGCUGACAGACUCCGAGGAUGAGUGGGACUUGUUUCAUGACGAGCUGGAAGAUUAUUAUGACUUGGAUCUAUAGCACCUGUCAGCGGAGUUUGGACUGUCUGCUCAGCACAGGCAGUAGCUCUUUCCUGUGGUGUUGUGGCAGUGCCUGUGUUUCUCCUAGGCAGGCCUAUCAAUUCCAGGUGCUGUUGUAAUAACUUUUACCCAGGGUCUGUCUCCUCCCCUUGCCCCAGGAGUGUUUGUUUUUCUCUGUUUAAACAAAUAACAAGAAAUCUUUAAAACGUUAGUUUUUGUAAAAUGAAUUAACUGUCAAACAGUUAGCUUAGGUUUGUUGCUUCAUCUGUGUUCCCGACAGGAUUCACCCAGUUCCAGGGUUAAAGUGUUUACAGGACUUCCACACUCAUCUUGAAGAGCCCAGAUACAAAAAUGAGAGCAGUGGCCAUGCAGUGGGGGAUAUAAAUUGGCCAGUGGCCUUUUUCUGCUGUGGACUUCAAAUCAAUACUUCCGAUUUUAGGCCAGACACGUACUUCUUGCUGGCUUCAGCUCUGUUCCAACCCCCUCAUGUACACAUCUUCAUUUGUGGUUUUGGUCUCUUGUUUACUUGCACAUUACUAUUACUACUGUGUAACCAGAACCAGGUGCGAAUGUUCCAGGUUUUUACUGUGUUUAGCAUGAAAGGAAAAUGUGUUUGUACGUGAAAGGAGAACUUUCAAUGUGUAUAAACAAAUAAACGCAGAGUUGGAUCUCAA